CGCCGACGCCGAGGCGCGGCCAUGGAGGGGAAGACCCGCGCCGGGGUCGCGCUGGUCCCGGGGCCGAGCGGCCGCGGGCCUUCCGCCCGCCGCGCCCGCCGCCGCCGCCGCCGCCGCUCGGGGCUGCUGCUCCCCGGCCUCUGGCUGCUGCUGCUGGCCCGGCCGGCCUCGUGCGCCCCAGAUGAGCUCCCUCUGGAACAGCACAACUUUUCUUUAUCCUCCUUGGAGUUCAUGCCAAGGGAAAGCACCGUGCACAGCACUGCACACGUGGCCUUAACAGAAACCGCUCCAGGGUCCCAGCAAAGCAGUUCUCUCCACGUCGGAUCAUCUCCAUCCGCCAGUACUUUUGAUACAAACUUUUUUAACCAAGGAGAAUGGACCCAAAGUGCAGCAGAUCACAGCCUCUUUGUGGCAAAUUAUGUGUCAGUGAAGAGCAGCGAGGUCGUAGGUGAUGAUGAAAUGGAUAACUUUUUGCCAGAGGCUUCCUGGACCACUUCCCGCGCGGUUUCUCCCAUGCGCUACGUCACGCUCAGUCUGCCAGGGCUGCUCAGAGACACGUUAGACUCCGUGCCGACUCCGUCGUUACCCAUCAUUUCUUUACAAGAUGAAGAAGUGACAUCAGCCAGGCAAAACACAGUGCAGCAGCCAACAAUGUCUGCUGAAUCCCCCAGUCGUUUCAGUGCUUUUCGGUCAGCUUUUCCCACUUCCAAGGGCAUAAUUCCAACUCCUGGUAGGAACUUGGUGUUUUAUCCUACCGACACUUACGGGCACGUUUCAAGUAGGACUUCGCCGGAGAUCAUGGCUUCAGGAGCAGAGAGCGCAGAAACCCUCCUUCUCAGCUCGCGCUACUCCGAGCCUCGACCGCCACGUGAUGGCGUCACUCGGCAGCCUCCUCCCCCGUCAGGGCGGGUCUCACCGCCUCCAGAGGAUGCUCCGGCCGCAGGUACAGGCAGGUGCGCUGAGGUGACUACUGCUUUGGGUCGAAGUCUGGAUGAGACCGUCUCUCCAGGCACACACCGCUCUGCGGCUCUGUCCCCGAUGGCCCUUGCCUUUGGCAGCAGCAGUGCACCUUUGGCUUUGUUUUCAACUCCUCUUGCGUCUGGAUUGUCCUCUACUCAAUCAGCCGGUGUUUCACGUAACCCCUGUCUUCCCGCCAGCUCCAGUGAGGCCUCAGAAUUGCCUGGCCAUUCAGUGGUCCCAAGUCGUGCGGGUGACACUCACGUCCGGAGCCCAGUGUCUUCGUUCAGACCGUACACGUGGUGCGUGUCCUGCACCGCGGUGUCGCCUCGGCACGUGCUGGCAACGAGCCUCACGGGGAAGGACGUGGGGUCGGGGGAUGGUGCUGAGACCCUGUCCCUGACCCUCUCAGAGGCGAGCAGCGUCUCUCCACCGAGCAGCGUCACGGUGGACUUCUCUGAAUUUGACGAAGGCCCUCAAGAAUUUCAUACACUUUUCCCCUCAAGACCGAUGGUUCCCCUCUCUUCUCCAUCUGUGGAAAUCUCAGCAACGAGCGUCGGUGUUUCAGCUGAGGCGGAAAUGAGCAGUGUGAUGACCGCACAGACAUACCCUCCCCAGGCCCACCUCUCUGGGCCUGUGUCAGCUGACGCUGCUGCUUUUGCCUCCUCCUCCGUCGCCGAAACUCAAGUCAUGCCAUCCAGUGUGACAGCCGCGCUUUCCUCGGUCACCCCAGGUGCUCUCCUUGACUCUUCUUUCCCCAUCACAGCGAACAAAAACACACCGUCGCUUGCUGUCAGAGGCCCAGGUCUUCUUACGUCUUACAGUCUGGACCUGGCGGCACAGCCUUCGCUUUUCCCUGACCGAGAACCUGCCAGUUUCUCCCAACGUGAAAGUGCGAGUAUUUGGGAUUUUACCUCCAGCCUUUUCUCCACUCCGCCACUGGAAUUCAGCAGCUGGGUCUCUCCAUCUUCAGAAGUACUUGCUUCUCCAUCUCCGAGGUCAAGUGAUCUGUCCACCUUCAUUGCUCAGGCAUUUUCUACCUUGGUUGAGACACUUUCGUUGACCACCUCUAUCAGUUCUCGGUCACCUCAGCUUUCUGGUCCCAAUUCCACAAACCUUGAAUUUUCUCAGCUCUGGCCAAGCUCAGACCUUCUUUUAAGCACCUUCACUCUUCUCCCUAGUUCCUCUGAAACGUCACCACUCGCCAGCUCUCCCUCCGGUUCUCCAAAGUUUUCUGAAGCACCCACAGUGUCACCCACAGAUGCCGGAGCUCAUUUUACCUCAGCUUUCACUGCAACUACCUCCUAUUUUGAGUUUUCACUCAUGUCCCAUGAAUCUGCAGUCACCGCACCGGUGCCCUCCAGUUCGGAGCCCAUUCUGACUGCUGAAACUCACUUAACAUCGCUCUUGACUGCUGUUUCUACUACACCCGUUUUAACUGAAUCUUCUGUCUUUUCAACCCUGACACCUCCCGAUGAUGGUAUCAGUGCUAUGAACGAUCCCACGUCCGUCUUACGCUCUUUCCCUGAAGUCACCCCUGUCACCACGGAGCUGGUCAGCACUGGGUACCUGCCAUCAGCAUCCUCGUUUCUUCCUGAGGUGAUCCGCUCGCCUCUGCCUACGGAGGCAGGUGGUGCGCGCGGCCCAUCAUUCGCGCCCACAGAUUUACCGAGGAGCAUCUCCGCUGAACUGAGCACGUCUGGUACCAGUGCUGCCCCCGAGAGUUCUGUUCACACCACCCUGAACAGCAGAACCGUGAUGCAGAAUCGCCCCGAGGGCAGCACGGUUCUCCCCCCGCCAUCCCUUCAUCCCGCGACCACCCCCGCUCCCGAAGCGGCGGUUCAUACUCCAGCGCUGGUCACCACCAAGUCGCCGUAUGUGUGUGAUAUUACGGUUCCUGAUGCAUAUUUGAUCACAACGGUGCUGGCCCGCAGAGCUGUGCAGGAGUACAUCAUCAUGUCCAUCAAAGAGGUGUUGAGGAGCCACUUCAACCGCGUGGUGGAGCUCAAGGUUUAUGAACUGUUCGCUGACUUCACUUUUCUGGUAACAUCUGGUCCCUUCGUUUACACAGCAAUAUCAGUCAUAAAUGUGCUUAUAAAUAGUAAACUUGUUCGUGACCAGACUCCUUUAAUCUUGGCUGUGAAACCCUCCUUCCUUAUGCCAGAGUCCAGGUUCCAAGUUCAAACGGUACUGCAGUUUGUGCCUCAGAGUGUGGAUACGGGCUUCUGCAACUUCACCCAGCGCAUCGAGAAAGGCCUGAUGAUAGCUCUCUCUGAAGUGAGAAAACACCACCAGGGGACGUAUAACCUCACAGUGCAGAUCUUGAAUAUCACCGUGGGGUCUUCAAGGCUGGCUCCUCGCCGGGGCCCAGUGAACAUCGUCUUUGCUGUCAGAGGCUCUCAGGGGUUUCUGAAUGGGUCUGAAGUGAGCGAAAUGCUAAGGAACUUGAGUGCGGUGGAGUUCAGUUUCUACCUGGGAUACCCAGUGCUGCAGGUUGCUGAACCCUUCCAGUACCCACAGCUUAACUUAUCGCAGUUGUUGAAGUCCUCUUGGGUAAGAACAGUCCUCCUGGGUGUUGUUGAGAAGCAGCUCCAGAAUGAAGUGUUUCAAGCCGAGAUGGAGCGCAAACUGGCCCAGCUGCUCAGCGAAGUUUCCACCAGAAGGCGGAUGUGGAGAAGGGCUACCAUCGCUGCCGGGAACAGCAUGGUACAGGUGGUAAAUGUGUCAAGGCUCGAGGGAGAUGAUAAUCCCGUGCAGCUCAUCUACUUUGUGGAGGAUCAAGAUGGCGAAAGACUCAGUGCAGUCAAGUCUUCAGAUCUGAUUAACAAGAUAGAUAUCCAGAGAGCAGCCAUCAUCUUGGGUUACCGAAUUCAAGGAGCUGUUGCCCAACCUGUGGACAGGGUGAAGAGGCCGUCCCCUGAGUCCCAGAGCAGCAACCUCUGGGUCAUUGUGGGCGUGGUCGUGCCAGUGCUGGUGGUGAUGGUGAUCGUCAUCAUCCUCUACUGGAAACUCUGCCGCACGGACAAAUUGGACUUCCAGCCGGACACCGUGGCCAACAUUCAGCAGCGUCAGAAGUUGCAGAUCCCUAGCGUGAAGGGCUUCGACUUUGCUAAGCAGCAUCUGGGUCAGCACAAUAAAGAUGAUAUACUGAUCAUCCACGAGCCAGCACCGCUGCCAGGACCUGUGAAGGACCACACCACGCCCUCUGAGAAUGGAGAUGUGCCGAGCCCCAAGGCAAAGAUCCCUUCCAAGAACAUCCGUCACAGAGGAAGAGUUUCUCCCUCAGAUGCUGACUCUACAGUAAGUGAAGAGUCCAGUGAGACGGAAGCAGGGGACAAGACUCCAGGAGCGGUGACCGAUGGCAAGUCCCACAGAGCCCUACAGAGUGGGGCAGCAGCCAGCUCGGGGAACGAGCAGCAUUCGUCAGCCUCCAUCUUCGAGCAUGUGGACAGGAUCUCCCGCUCCUCGGAGGCCAGUCGGCGGGUCCCCAAUAAGAUUCAGCUGAUCGCCAUGCAGCCCAUCCCAGCACCUCCGGUUCCGCACCCCAUACUGGCCGACCGAGUGGCAGAAACCAACAAAAUUAACAAAGAGAUCCAGACAGCGCUGCGGCACAAGUCGGAGAUCGAGCACCAUCGGAACAAGAUCCGGCUCCGCGCCAAGCGCCGCGGGCACUACGAGUUCCCGGUGCUGGACGAGCUGUCGUCGGGAGACACGCGGGAGCGCCACCGCGUGUACCGCAGGGCGCAGAUGCAGAUCGACAAGAUCCUGGACCCCACGGCCAGCGUGCCCUCCGUGUUCAUAGAGCCCAGGAAGAGCUCCAGGAUAAAACGUUCUCCUAAACCACGCCGGAAACAUCAGGUCAAUGGCUGCCCCGGAGAUGCCGAGAAGGACAGACUUAUCACCACAGACAGCGACGGCACUUACAAACGGCCCCCUGGUGUCCACAACUCCGCCUAUAUUGGUUGCCCGUCUGAUCCCGACCUCCCAGCAGAUGUGCAGACGCCGUCUUCAGCUGAGCUGGGGAGGUAUCCAGGCCUGCCCUUCCCUGCCUCCCAGUACAUCCCGCCCCAGCCAUCCAUCGAGGAGGCGCGGCAGACCAUGCACUCCCUCCUGGAUGAUGCUUUUGCCCUCGUGGCCCCCAGCAGCCAGCCCCCUAACACCGCGGCUGCAGGCCCUGGGGUCCCAGCCGGCCUGCCUGUGAACAGCACCCCUUCCCGGGAAGAGAGACGAGCCACCCAGUGGGGGUCCUUCUACAGCCCAGCUCAGACGGCCAACAACCCAUGCAGUAGAUAUGAAGAUUAUGGAAUGGCUCCCCCAUCAGGCCCAUUACCAAGACCAGGUUUUGGCCCCGGUUUGCUGCAGUCUGCCGAGCUGCUGCCUGCCGAGCCCCAGCAGCCCCAGGCCUCGUCCGAAGCCACCUCGUGUGCUGCCCGAGGGAUCUACUCUGAGGAGGUGCCAUCGGUGGCCCGGCCUCGGCCUGUCGGGGGCACCACAGGCUCCCAGAUCCAGCACCUGACACAGGUGGGAAUUGCCAGCAGAAUUGGAGCUCAGCCAGUGGAAAUCCAACCAGGCAGAGUCAGCCAGUAUGGGGGACCAGGCUGGCCUUCGUACGGGGAGGAUGAAGCUGGCCGGAGAGAGGCUACACACGUGCUCGGACAUCAGGAGUUUUCGUCACCGCUGUUCCAGGUGCCAAGGACUUCAGGUCGGGAGCCCUCGGCUCCUCCUGGGAACCUCCCGCACAGGGGGCUGCCGGGCACCGGGCUGGCCUACCCUACCAGCUCCACGGAAGACCUCCAGCCCGGCCACUCCUCAGCCUCUCUCAUCAGAGCUAUCCGCGAGGAGCUCCUCCGGCUCUCCCAGAAGCAGACCACCGUGCAGAACUUCCACAGCUGAUUGGCCUCACCGUGCAGAUUUGCCAAGUAUCCGCUUCCCGUGGAAGCAAGACUAAAAGGAAAUCAACUGAGCAGGUGUUUGGAAGAGGACAAGCAUCUCCUGGGCUAAGGGCCCAAGUAAGGGAACAAGUUGCAAGUUUAAAAGAUGCCAUAAAUCACGUGACAGCCCAUGAUGCUUUUAGUACGUUGGCAAUUUUGUGACCACCUGGGUUCAGUUGAAAUUUAUGUACUUGUGGCCAAAAGCCAGCAGCACUUCACGAAAGACAAACCACGAUUCUAAGCUAAUGAAAUGACUAAGUUAGUCUCUUUUUUAAAGGCGAAAGAUGAAAAUGUGUAGAUGGUGUAGGGAUUAAAGGAAUCUAGUAUUUCCGUGGGAAGAUGUGAUUCAGACUGGUUUGUACAAUGAACCUGCUGCUUUGUUUUCUGAGAAAAGAGAUUUGAAGACAUUAACAACUUAAUUUCCCUCUUUUCCUCCAUAGGAACUUAUUUUAAUAGUAAUAUUAACAACAUGAAUACUAAGACUGUUUGGGAAUUUAAAAAGCUACUAGUGAGAAACCAAAUGAUAGAUUGUAGAGCCUGAUGAUUCCAAACGAAGCCAUCAACUGCAUUUUCCUUCUACUUCUGGUGCUACAGCUCCAAGAGCCCUUCACCUCGUCCGUGAAAUGCAACUUUGGCUUUCUCAAUGGAAGGAUAUUUGGAAGCUUUCAUUUUGUUCUAGAAAGGGGAAAAAAAAAAAAGCCUCCCAAAAUGGAAAAAGCUUAAUAUUUAUUUGGUUAUUCAAAAUACAUAUCAAAAUUUAGAUUUACAUUCUUAAUUGUAUUUGUGGUUUGUGAAUCGGACACGUGCAACUGCCCAUUGCAUCUCAUUUGAGUAUAUGUCUUCAUCCAGGCCAGGCCUAAAGAAUGGGGCUUUCAGGAGGUCCUACUGAAUCCUUGCACUUUGCUGAUGAGUUGCUCCCAAAUUAUGUUUGAAUGAGAAACCUUACAUAAGCAAAAAUGAUCCGUCAAAAUUCCUAGGACCACUGAAUGGUUGGUUAUCCGUGGAUGCAUUCAUGCUAAUCACAUUCCCCAUGUUCGAGACCUGGAAAUGAAACUGAGUUCUGUUCAGCCUCUUCGUAAUGAGUCAAGAAAGGAAAGAAGAGCUUUGACACCACGAGGGAGAAAAAAUGUUGCUUUUAAUUUCUGAUUUUAUUGUCCCUGACUCCAUCUAGUGACUGUUAAAACCGUCUUUGCGCCCAACAGAGGGGUCCUCCCACUUGAGAUUGACCACUGAAGGAAACAUUUCUCCCCUUCCCAAGUGGAGUAAGGAAUAGAGUAACAAGGGCUGUUCUGUUUUCUGGGACCUGAGUGAAAUGAAGAAGAAAAACAGACUUAGAUAACAAAUUUCCAUGAAUCCUUUUUUAAUAGAUCAACUAAUAUCUUUAAUUAAAUAACAGAUACACGGGCAGAACACGGGGUUCUGACUGGUCAAAAUCUGUGUAUCUGUGUCAAAUUUUAAGAACCCUGAAGCAGCUAAAAUAGGUUCCUAAAGUGUAAUCAUUGGGUUUCAGAGUCAUGUUUCAGCCCUUCCUUAAUUAAGCCUGUUGUAUAGACUCAGUCUCACAAUCCCGGGAAAGUUGGUUCUGGGAAAUUAAAAUGUAGCCACUUUUCAUCUUUGCACCUCUGAAAAAGGGGGAGUGCAGGAGGACAAGUCUCUUGAGGAUGCUAAAUAAAGGAAUGGGAACUCCUUUUUAGGCGACCCUCACAGGCUCCAAAGAGCAGGGGAGAGAAGACCCCGAUCUGGGCUUGAUGUCUUACCUCUUGGUCUUGGUUUCAUACCAGACUUGCCCAGACUGGAGAUUCUCCUUGCAUGUCAUUCAAAAAUACCAGGUUUUGGGGCUCCCCUGGUGGCGCAGUGGUUGCGCGUCCGCCUGCCGAUGCAGGGGAACCGGGUUCGCGCCCCGGUCUGGGAGGAUCCCGCAUGCCGCGGAGCGGCUGGGCCCGUGAGCCGUGGCCGCUGAGCCUGCGCGUCCGGAGCCUGUGCUCCGCAACGGGAGAGGCCACAGCAGAGGGAGGCCCGCAUACCACCAAAAAAAAAAAAAAAAAAAAAAAAAAAAAAAAAUACCAGGUUUCUUGAAUGUGUAAUUAAGAAUUUCAGAGAUCCAAGCAGCAUUUUAUUACGGACACCUUACGGUGAAUUCAGAUUGAGCGCCAGCUGAUGGGGUCAAUGCUGGCCCCUCUCCUCCCAUUCUACUCUUGGUCCUAAGUGUUCACACGCAGAUUGUACGAACAUGAUUACCUCCUUAGUGCAUGGCAGAAAUGGGCCUCUGUUUUAAACGGGGCUGCAGUAGCAGUUUUGAUGCCUUUCAAACUAGCAUAAGGGGAUUCUACCUGUAUUUUUCUUCUUAGAACCGAUACACUCUUAAACCGACGUCAAGACCAAAGAUGACGUGGAAUAAACAACCGGUAAUGUGUGGCGGGUGUGAGCAGGCCGGUGGGAUCCCCGGCACUCUUGUGUUGGCCAUAAAGCAUACUCAGUUUGCACUGUUUGACCUUCACGAGACUCAGAACAGACUAGCUGUCGCGGGGAGCAUCACUCAGUGACUACGGAACGAAAGGUCCUCGUGGCAGUCAUGCGUGGCUCUGGAGUUCCAUUUAUGGAAACACCGCAAAAUGCAAAGUUAAAUUUUCCAUCUGUUCUUUUUUCCUCUUUGAAAAGUUCUAGUGGUAAUAACAAGAGCUAUAAAUUUGAGUCAGAGUUUUAGAGAAGAUUGUUUGGAGAAAUGAUCAUUUUCAGAAUCUACGCAGUCACUAACUGGCUGUGUCAGGUCUCUUCUCUGAGCCUCAUUUUCCCCAUCAGCCAAACGAGGACAGGCCUCCCCUGCCCGCCUCCCAGGAAAUUUCUCAUUGAGAGAAUCAGGUGUGGUCACGUGUGCAAACGUCCCUUGAGGAGGGAGCGCAAAGCGCUGUGAGAAUGUAGACUGUCUGUGUGAUUGCGGUGGGAUGGGUGAUCUGACCCGCUGCGGCCUCCCAGUGAGCGAGUUCACGUGGAGGUAACCAGAGAAAAACUAGAGGCCCCGUGUGACUCCGCUCCCUCUCUCCUGCUUUGCUUUAAAUUCACUUCCUUCACCGUUAACUUCCAAUUAUCAUGCAUCUUUCUACUCCUGAUUUUCUGCUGUUCCUGGCACCAAAUAAGUCAAUAGGAGCCCUGCCUUCUGAGAUCUUAGAAUCUGAAUCAGACAAUACCCAUGGCUAUAAAAGAUGGAAGAAAAGGAAAAAUAACGUGGUUUAAACAUCAGUACGAUUCACUGAAAGUACACAAGUGCAUUCGGCACUCAGAAGGAGGAAUGGAAGUUGCACAUAGGGAAACAGUGGGAUCCUGGGGAGAACUCAAUGUCAGAAGCUACUUUAAGGAAGACAGGAGCUUCCCAGGCACAUGGUGAGACGGUGUGGGAAGAGCCGGAUGGAGAAAGUGGGGGAAGCUGCCGUUGAAAAUAACCUUGAUCCUGAUCCGCUCCCAUAUGGGGACGAAAUCCCUAACUGCACGGUCGAGGGAGUUUUAUAAGAGGAGGAAGUGAUGCUAUGAGGAUACAUUUGCAGGAAUACAGCGAGAAAAUGACCAGGCUUGGGAAGAAGGUUGGCGGAGGAAGAGAUCCGUUCUGAAGGGGAGGGGAGAGUCCCAGGAACUGCUGGAUGACCAAUGUCAAGUGUGAAAAUAGUGAGACUUCUACCGAGGUCUGCUGCUUAGAGCAGAUCUCAAGGGUCAGCCAUUCGGCCACAUUUAAUCCUUUGUGGAGCACAGUGGGUUAUAAAUAAAUAUAUUUGACUUCUUUA